AUAACGAUAUUAUCUUGGUUUAUUUUUACCGCGAUAUGGAUAAGGGUUAUUCGCACUGCUGCUCCGCUAUAGAGCACACGUUAACAAGGUCAGUGUAUUUGUUUAAAAUGUGGUAUUUCGUGUUAGUGUUUGUGAUAGUGCUAUUUCUAUAUAGUUUAAGAACAUUAAACUAUUGGAAGAAGAGAGGUAUAAAACAUGAUCCCCCAAUACCAUUUUUUGGAAAUAAUUUUCGACAGUUUUUCCAACAAGCAAGUAUGGCCAUGCUAGCCACAGAAGCUUACAACAAAUAUCCAAAUGAGAAAGUAGUCGGAUUCUUUAGAGGUAUGAAACCAGAAUUGGUUAUAAGAGAUCCAGAAAUAGCGAAGAGAAUUCUCAUUACUGACUUCCAACACUUCUACGCCCGAGGCUUUAAUCCUCAUAAGACCGUUAUAGAGCCACUUUUGAAAAAUUUAUUCUUUGCCGAUGGUGACUUGUGGCGUUUAAUAAGGCAACGAUUUACUCCGGCCUUCAGUACUGCUAAAUUGAAAGGUAUGUUUCCUAUUAUUACUGACCGAGCAGAAAAGUUACAAAUCAUCACAGAGGAAGUGUCCCAUUUAGAUUCAUAUGACGUUCGUGAAUUAAUGGCAAGAUAUACCACUGAUUUUAUCGGCGCUUGUGGUUUUGGAAUAUCCAUGGAUUCUUUGAGCAAUGAAAAUUCCGAAUUUAGAAGAUUAGGUAAAAGAAUUUUUCAACGAACUCCUAAAGAUGCUGUGCAUGCAGCUCUGAAAUUAUUAUUUCCAGAGUUAUGCAAAAAUCUUCAUUUCUUGGACCCUGAACUUGAAAAAUCUAUGACUUUCUUAGUUCAAACUGUAAUGAGAGAAAGAAAUUAUAAACACUCAGGUAAAAACGAUUUUAUUGAUUUAAUGUUAGAACUUAAAGAAAAAGGUACAAUAAUUGGGGAAUCUAUUGAGAGUAGAAAUAGCGAUGGAACUGCAAAAGUAGUAACAAUGGAAAUGACAGAAAUGAUAAUGAUAGCCCAAGUUUUUGUUUUCUUUGGAGCCGGUUUCGAGACAUCAUCUACAGCAUCCAGUUAUACGUUACAUCAAUUAGCUUUCAACCCAGAGUAUCAAGUUAAAGUGCAAGAAGAAAUUGAUGAAGUCUUAAAAAAAUACAAUAAUAAAAUUACAUACGAAGCAGUAAAUGAAAUGACCUGUCUAGAAAAGGCUUUUUAUGAAGCAAUGAGAAUGUAUCCAUCGGUAGCCUAUAUUGUAAGAAUGUGUACAUCACCAAAAUAUACAAUUCCUGAAAUUGGCGUUACAAUAAACGAAGGUGUCAAAGUUAUGAUUCCAAUCCAAGCUAUGCAUAACGAUGAGAAGUACUUCGAAGAACCAGAAAAAUUCAACCCCGAAAGGUUUAAUUUGGGUAGAAAACAAUUUAAGGACGUGUUUUUACCUUUUGGUGAAGGUCCGAGAGCUUGUGUCGGUGAAAGACUGGGACAAAUGCAGUCUAUGGCAGGGCUUGCAGCUGUCUUACAAAAGUUUACCGUGGAACCUGCAAAAUGUAGCGUGAGAGAUCCAAAGCCAGAGCCCACAGCGAUAGUUGCCGAAGGUUUUGUAGGCGGAUUGCCUCUUAAAAUAAGGAAGAGACAGACAUAGAAAUCCUGGAUAUAAUACAUAAUAAUAUAUAUGGCAUUAGGGUAUAUUAAUAGGAUUUUCUGGAUAUAAGUAAACAUGAAAUUAUUUUACUUGCCAUUGAUACGUCGAGAAUGUUACCUCCAGGGUCCCCUUUUUCUCCCUUGGGCCCGGCAGGUCCCGGUGUACCCGGGGGACCAAGUGUUCCCGGUCGUCCCUAAACAUUAAUCAAAAUCAGACAAUGAUAUAGCAUUGUACCUAAUUAAAAUAGCACAAUAUUAAUUGUGAUAGUCUAGCCUUACCUUGACAUUCUUAUUUGGAAGCGUGAAGUAAAAAAAGCAAAAGUGUGAUAAAUUGUAUAAUAUUAGUUAAUAAUAAAUUUAAAAUAUUGGAAGAACAAAAUUAUAGACUUACGACUUUGCCUAUAUUGUGAUAAGUUUUAAAUUAAGAUUAAAGUAUAUUUUG